AAAUGUAAACACGACGUGGGGAUCAAUGCGGUGCGGAUGAGGGAAUGAGAAUCUCUAUUUAACAUGGAAAGUACAGGACCAGAGAGACCUAUUAAAAUAGACGAAGUCAAUGACUUCUUCACGUACAUAGCCACGAUUGACUGGACAGAAAAAUGGCUCAUAGCACUCAUUAUGUUCCAUAUCACCUGCUUCUUCUUGAUCCUUGUGACUCGUAGAAGUGGAUUAAUCCAGUCUAUUAUAUUUGUGAUUUUACUUCUGUCUGUGUACUUUGCUGAGAAUUUAAACGAACUGGCAGCUAAACAUUGGAAAGUAUUUACAAAGGAGCAGUACUUUGACAGCAAUGGAUUGUUCUUCUCAACUGUUUAUUCAACACCUGUCCUGUUCAACUGUCUGCUUUUGUUGUUUAUCUGGAUGUCAAACCUUGGAGCAGCUGUGUCUCAAAUGAGAAGGAUGAAAAUGGAUGCCAAAAGAAAAUCAGAAGAAAAGAAAAAAGAAAAGAAAGAGAACUAAAUUCAACCAUAUCUAGAUUUUAUCUUGAAACUUUUAUUGUUUUUCAAUGUUUAUCUGUAAUGAUGCAGGUGAAAAUUAUAUUUAUGCUUACAUGUACAUUUGCAAUAACUGUGGAAACAGUCAUGUAACUAAUACUUUGGCAAAGAAAUACAUACAUACAUGUAUAUCUGUAUAUUUGUAUACUGCUAGUUUGAGAUUAGAAAAUUAAACAAUACUCUUCCACUGGGUAGCAAUUGCGUAUUAAAUAUUCUACAUAAAAGCUCAGGGUUCUUUGCUACUAUUGUGCCAUAUAUGUAUUAGACAGUGCAAUAAAAUUAACCUCUAAA